AUGAUCAAGACAAGGAGUCAAAUUUACCCACUACUACGAAGAAGGCUAGUCAAUGGUGAGUCGACAAGCUUUUGGGUCGAUAACUGGUCUCCAUUUGGGAACCUAUACAACUACCUUGGAGCCUCGACUUCAAGAUUUGGUAUCCUCAGAACUGCCACGGUUGCUUCGCUGUAUGAUCAUGAUCAUGAUCACUGGCUCCUCCCACCUGCAAGAUCAGAAAACCAGUUAGCUCUUCACGUUUAUUUAACUACGGUCAAUCUCAGCGAUGAUCAAGACCAAUAUGAGUGGGAUGUGGCAGGCAAAACUAGUUCCCGGUAUAGCACUGGUGAGGUCUACACUUACUUGAAAGGCCAUGUUCCUCUAGUUCCUUGGACGCAGCUGGUCUGGUUUUCUUAUGGAAUCCCACGGCACAGCUUCUUAACAUGGCUAGUCAUGCUUAACCGAUGCCCUACACGCGACCGACUACUUCAGUGGGGACUUGAUGUUGAUCCCAAAUGUCUACUCUGUAACAACAGCAACGAAUCACAAAAUCACCUGUUCUUUGAUUGCUCCUACAGCGGCUUCAUUUGGAGGAUGAUAUCAGAUAGGUGUCAGCUGCAGCUCACUACUUCUUGGGAGGACUUAAUCCAACAACUACUCGCUUCUCCGCGUAAUAAGGACCUUCGCCGUUUAACUCUCCUAGCGUUUCAGGGUUCACUCUACUGGCUAUGGCCUGAAAGGAACACAAGACUUCAUCAACAAUCCUUCAGAACUGCGGAAUCAAUCUUCUCCACCAUUGAUAAACAGCUAAGGAACUGUGUCCAGAGCUUUCGCCACUCAAACCCUCGAGCCUCCUCUGCGAUGAUGCAACUUUGGUUUCUCAGAUCAUAG